AUGUUCUUGCGCCGCUCUGUGUUGCUUUUAACUUUGUUGGAUCACCGGCGGCAACAGUAAAUAUGGCUGCCUCCAUGAGGAGAGCCGCUCACGACAUAGAAACGCGAAAGAGGACCGAGGAUGUUCUUCUGGCGGAGGGGAUUGACUUCGGCUCACUGCUGUUGUCUCAGGCCGUGCUGGAAGGACUGUCCUCCGCGGGGUUUCAGAAACCGUCCCCGAUCCAGCUCAAAGCGAUUCCACUGGGCCGCUGCGGACUCGAUUUGAUUGUUCAAGCAAAGUCUGGAACAGGAAAGACAUGCGUGUUUGUCACCAUUGCCCUGGACUCUCUUGUUCUGGAGAAUGCGUCCACUCAGGUUCUUGUUUUGGCUCCGACACGUGAGAUCGCCGUGCAGAUCCACUCGGUGGUGAUGGCCAUCGGCUGUGCCAUGGAAGGCCUGGAGUGCCAUGUUUUCAUCGGGGGCAGGCCUGUGAGCCAAGACAAAGCCCGUCUGAGGAAGUGUCACAUCGCUGUGGGCUCCCCCGGUCGCAUCAAGCAGCUUAUCGAGCUGGGCAUGUUGUCCACCGCUAGCGUCCGGCUGUUUGUUCUGGAUGAGGCAGACAAACUGCUGGAGGAGGGGAGCUUCCAGGAACAGAUAAACUGGAUCUUCUCCUCUCUGCCUGUCAACAAACAAAUGCUUGCACUCUCUGCCACCUACCCAGAAUCCCUUGCUCAACACCUUACCCGCUACAUGAAUGAACCCACUUUUGUUCGACUCAAUCCGAGUGACAUGGGCCUGAAAGGUCUGAAGCAGUAUUACAAGCUGGUACAGUCCCAUCCGUUACCUCACAAAGUUUUUGAGGAAAAGGUGCAGCACCUGCUCGAGCUGUUCAGUAAAAUCCCAUUUAACCAAGCCUUGGUGUUUUCUAACAUGCACACAAGGGCUCAGCACCUGGCAGACAUCUUGUCCUCCAAAGGCUUACCUGCAGUUUGUAUUUCAGGUGGUCUGAGUCAGGACCAGAGACUUGAGGCAAUGUCCAAACUGAAGCAGUAUCAGUGCAGAGUGCUCAUCUCUACCGACCUGACAUCCAGGGGCAUAGAUGCAGAGAAAGUGAACCUGGUGAUCAACCUGGAUGUGCCACAGGAUUGGGAAACGUACAUGCACCGAAUCGGACGGGCUGGGCGGUUUGGCACUCAGGGGAUGGCUGUGACCUACUGCUGCCAUGGGGAAGAGGAGAACAAGAUGAUGGCUAUUGCUCAGAAGUGUUGCCUCAGUUUGUCUGCUUUACCAUCCAUCUUGGAGCCUGGUUUGAUGGAUGAGCCAUGUGACUGGGACGUGUGCUCCGAGGCCGCCGCUCCAGACAAUAUAUCUCAGCUGAUUUUCAAAUCUGUAAAGAAAAAGCGUACAAAAACAGGGGCCCCUGUGUCUGAGCCCAUCGGGAAUAAAGCUGUAAAGUCCAGCGGUCAGAGGAGGCCAGAAAAAACCCAAACAGCGACCCCGACACCACAGAAUGAAGAAGACAGUGAAAGGCAGAUGGUUUCCACCAGAAUGGAGAGUCUGCAGCAGUGUCCUUCUGAAGUGCCACUGACUCGGAAAGAGCUGCAAGACGCCCUGCCGAAGAUCCCCCCCCUCAGCUCGUUCAAAAACAGCCGGUCGAAGUUUGUGACGUUUGAGGAGGCAGAGCUGGACUUCAACACCUUCAUCACCACAGGUUUGGGAAGAUCAGUGGAGAUCAUCAGAGAGUUCAGAGGCGGAGUGUGCGGUGAUCAGAACGUUGAGUACACCGAGUGUGUCACAUUGGAGGGUGAUGGGCCUGUAGUUUUGACUCAAAGUGGUGAACGGUUGCAGUCACUUUCUGUUUCCUCAAGCUCCCACUCUGAUUUGGUUGCUGGUGUCAAACCCGAAGGUUCACAGGAGUCCACAGUAGCUGAACAGAAGACAGUUUUUCAGCAUGUGACUGGAAGUGCAUCCACUGUGCCCAGAAUAUUUGGCCAGAAAACCUGCAAAAGUGUGGGAGCUCCAUCUCAGCCUGAGAAAAAUGAUUCUGUAAGAAGCAAGCAAGCCAGUCAUACACCAACUGGUCAGACUUGUGGGCAUAAGUCCAAAAAAAUAAAAAAAGACAGCACAAAGUUGUCAAAGAAGGUUAAAGGAGAGCCAAAGAGGGAAACUGAUGAAGAAGAGAGCAUGGAAACCGAGGAGGAGUGGAGCUCUGAGACGUACUGGAAAGCCUGCUACAAAGCCUGGAGUGAUUAUUACUCUGCUAUGUCCAUUUUUCCAGAGUAUGGCUACCAGAGCUACUACGAUGUAGCUCACAACUGGAUGGCUGCUUAUCGCAUGAAUGCAGUCUACAUGCAGGAACUCAUGAAACACUAAUUGAGCAUUUCCAGUAAUUCUGAUAUCUGUUAGGACACAUCUUCAAUCUUGAAUCUGGUUUUUAACAUUUCCUGCCUGAAAUGGAUUAAAUGAGCAGGUUUGCACUUUGGGUCUAAAACAAUGACUCUAGUUCUGUAUUUCUCAGUUCAUAUGUUGUGUCAAUUCUUUUUGUUAUCGCCUAAACCCAGCAUGUACUGUAUAUUUGAAAUAGGUGUAUUAUUUCUGUUCAGGGCAUAAUACUACCAGAAAAUAAAAAUCUGUGCAAAAA